UUUGUGUGACGUCACGGCGAGGGAGGCGGGGCCUGUGUGUGACGGCCAGGCAGAAGAACACAAUAGAAUAGAACACAAUACAAUAGAAACCAACAGAAUUACAAGCAAAUUGCAGCCAACAACAUGCGACUCGACAGCGACGUUGUUGGUGUUGCGUAGCCGCUUUUGUGAGGGUAUUUGUGGACUAACCUGCUAGCUUCAUCGUGGACGGAAGAUUGCGGAGCAGCUGCUCGCUUCUGCCCGCUAGCAUGCAGCUGCUAGCCGGCCUCUUCAUCAGCCAACUGCCGCUUCUUAGCAUGUUCAACAUGACUUUAUACACUUGUAGGCCUUAACGCAUUAUUAUUAUUAUUAUUAUUAUUACUCUUGUUGCCAUGGAGACUGCUGGCUAACUGCAGGAGCCUCUUUUGUUUCCUACUAGCUUUAGCUUCACUUUGUGCUAACUGCUAACACUGCUUUGUGCUAAGCUAACUGCUAAUACUGCUUUGUGCUAAGCUAACUGCUAACACUGCUUUGUGCUAAGCUAACUGCUAACCAUUGUGCAUUGCAGCCAACUGCUAGCUAGUUUGUGACCUUGGAUGCAGCAUCUUCACCAUGGCCGUCUGUUCAGGUGUCUACCUGCUGAUCUUCUCAGGAUGCGUCGCCGCCUCUCAGAGAAACCAAAACAUUUUUGUGUCUGGGAUCUCCAGCGCGUGCGGCGACUCGUCCGAGCUCUUAAGGGCGUCCAGCGGCGUCAUCACCAGCCCCGGUUGGCCCUUCCAGUACCCGCCGCGCCUGAACUGCAGCUGGAACAUCCGAGGCCGCCCCGGGGACACCAUCACCGUAAGUUUCCAGGACUUUGAGCUGCAGAGUUCCCACCGCUGCUCGUCGGACUGGAUGUCCAUCAGCAGCUACAAGAACCUGGACGGACUGCGAGUGUGCGGCUCCUCCCUGCCGCCGCCUUACAUCUCCUCGCAGGACCACGUCUGGAUUCACUUCCGCUCUGACGAGGCUCUGACAGGAAAAGGUUUCCGCCUGUCCUACGUCGCGGGUAAGGCAGAUGUUUCCAGCUGUGACGUGGAUCACUUCCACUGCUCCAAUGGCAAGUGCAUCCCCGACUGGUGGCGCUGCAACUCCAUGGACGAGUGCGGCGACAAUUCCGACGAGGAUCUGUGCGUGGACUCGCCCUUCUCCUUCCAGCCCUGCAGCCUCAACCAGUUCCCCUGCUUGUCCCGCUACACCCGCAUCUACACCUGCCUGCCGCACAGUCUGCGCUGUGACGGCAGCAUAGACUGUCAGGAUCUGGGAGACGAGAUCGACUGCGACGUCCCCACCUGCGGCGACUGGUUGAGGAACUUCUACGGCUCCUUCAGUUCUCCCAACUAUCCCGACUUCUACCCUCCGGGGAGUAACUGCACCUGGCUGGUUGACACCGGGGACCACAGGAAGGUCAUCCUGCGCUUCACCGACUUCAAACUGGACGGCACCGGCUACGGCGACUACGUGAAGGUCUACGACGGCCUGGAGGAGAACCCUCGCCGCCUUCUCCGGGUGCUGACAGCCUUCGACUCCAGAGCGCCCCUGGUGGUGGUGUCGUCAUCUGGCCAGCUGCGGAUCCACUUCUACGCCGACAAGAUCAACGCCGCCAGAGGCUUCAACGUCACCUACCAGGUGGACGGCUUCUGCCUGCCCUGGGAGCUGCCCUGCGGGGGCAACUGGGGCUGCUUCACGGAGCAGCAGCGCUGUGACGGCUACUGGCACUGUCCCAACGGCCGCGACGAGCUCAACUGUUCCACCUGUCAGGAGGAGGAGUUCCCCUGUUCCAGGAACGGCGCCUGUUAUCCUCGAUCGGACCGCUGCAACUACCAGAACCGCUGCCCCAACGGUUCUGAUGAGAAAAACUGCUUCUUCUGCCAGCCCGGAAACUUCCACUGCAAGAAUAACCGCUGCGUGUUCGAGUCCUGGGUCUGUGACGCUCAGGACGACUGCGGCGACGGCAGCGACGAGGAAAGUUGUCCCGUGGUGGUCCCCACCCGAGUCAUCACGGCCGCCGUCAUCGGCAGCCUGGUGUGCGGCCUCCUGCUGGUCAUCGCGCUGGGCUGCACCUGCAAGCUCUACUCGCUGCGCAUGUUCGAGCGCAGGUCCUUCGAGACCCAGCUGUCCAGGGUGGAGGCGGAGCUGCUGCGGAGGGAAGCCCCGCCCUCAUACGGCCAGCUCAUAGCUCAGGGUUUGAUCCCGCCUGUGGAGGACUUCCCCGUGUGCUCGGGGAACCAGGCGUCCGUUUUGGAAAACCUGCGCCUGGCAGUCCGUUCUCAGCUGGGCUUCACCACGCUGCGCCUCCCCUCUGCCUGUCGCCAUAGCAACCUGUGGCGCAGCAUCUUCAACUUCUCUCGGUCUCGACAGUCGGCGUCUUUGGCUCUGGUCUCCGCGGACCUGGAGGACAGUGCCGGUACUGGGAGCUCCGGAUCAGACCUGCUGUCCCCGGACUCUGACGACACGGACACGGAGAGCGAGAGGGGGAGGGAACGUGUGGUCGGUGCGGUGGCUGGACCUGUUGCCCCCCUCCCCCACAAGACCCCACUCUCCGGUUCAGUAGCCAUGAUGCUCUCCACCCCCCCCAUCAACCUGCCGGACACUUCUAGAGUGGCACCGUCCCCCGCCUGCCCGGUCACCAUGGUAACCCCCAACCCGGACGCGGUAUGCCACGGCGGCGACUCCGAAGGCCGAGCUCCAUCCGCCUCCGGCCUACAGCGUCUGGCCCAGAGUCUGCGCCAGCUGGCCAGGAACCUGCUGGGAAGCAGCCAGAACCCCGCCUGGACCAAUCAUAGCCCGCUGCGCCAACUGGACACGGGAAGAACCAGGACAGAGUCCACCGAGCGGCGAGGCAGCGAGGAGGAAGAGGAAGAUGUGGAGCUUCUGAUCCCAGAUUCGGACUCGUCCUCUUUGUUCGGCGGAGUCCGACAACCCCUUUUAGAGCCGGCGCUCUCCCCUGACACAACCCGAGCUCCGCGCCAACACCGUGCCAACGCCACGCAAGCGGGCCGGGACGGUCCUUGCGAACACUGCGGAAAGGUUCACACGGCUCGCAUCCCGGACGCGUGUCUGGAGUUUGGCGGCAAGAUGGAAAGUAGCGACGAUGAGCUGCUGCAGCUGUGCUAGCAGGCUAACUAGCGGCUAGCUGAUUAGCUUGUUAGCUUGUGUUCUACCUGGACCGGGGCUUUUCAAAGUGGGACGCAGCAGAAACAUGCUAGCUGGAAUUGGACAAUAAUAGAACAUGAGUUCUGCUAACUGCCACAAUGUGAAAAGUACACCUGGCUCCCCAGGUACCAACGUCAGACUACAUGUCAUCUAGUCCUUCUCGUUCCAAAGCAGCUUUUAUUUAACAAGUAUAUUCCUCUAACAUGACACUGGGUUGGAAUAUUGAAGUGAUUCUUUGGCCUACCACUAGAUGGAGCCCACCUUUGAGAAUCACGAGUCUCCCGACCUGCGGUGUAGAACUGUUCCAGGACCAGGGCACAAGCAAUACUAGUUCCAGUUCUACAUGUGUGUUGAGAUGUGCAAGUGAUGAGCCGCCACUGGUGUAGAACUGUUCCAGGACCAGGGCACAAGCAGUACUAGUUCCAGUUCUACGUGUGUGUUGAGAUGUGCAAGUGAUGAGCCGCCACUGGUGUAGAACUGUUCCAGGACCAGGUCACAAGCAGUACUAGUUCCAGUUCUACGUGUGUGUUGAGAUGUGCAAGUGAUGAGCCGCCACUGGUGUAGAACUGUUCCAGGACCAGGUCACAAGCAGUACUAGUUCCAGUUCUACGUGUGUGUUGAGAUGUGCAAGUGAUGAGCCGCCACUGGUGUAGAACUGUUCCAGGACCAGGUCACAAGCAGUACUAGUUCCAGUUUUACGUGUGUGUUGAGAUGUGCAAGUGAUGAGCCGCCACUGGUGUAGAACUGUUCCAGGACCAGGUCACAAGCAGUACUAGUUCCAGUUCUACGUGUGUGUUGAGAUGUGCAAGUGAUGAGCCGCCACUACUUCCCGUUAUUUAUUCUUCUUCUGGUGUUCUCUCACCCGCAUGAUUGUUGGCUGCCUUCUCUUUUCAAAUUAAACCCUCAAAUGUC